GUAUAGGUUCAAGUCGACUACAUCCAGCAGUCCACGUCGCACCGUAGCAUGAGCAUGAACGAUCUAAUUCGUGGCAGCCUCAUAUAGUCCUGAGGUGUGGCCUGAUUUUCUACUCCUCGUUUUCGCCUUUUUUCUCAUCCUUGUUGCCUUGGGCAUACACAUUCACUUCUAAAGUUAACUAAGUCUAAUACCAAGUGCUGGUACACUUGCUCACAUCCAAUAAUACAUCUGGUACCCGGAUCAAACUCAGCCAAAAUGGUCUCCUCGCUGCUCGCAAACAUACUCCUCUUGCUCUCGCUUUUUCAACUCUCGGCCGCCGUCCCCAGCGCCGUGCCCGCCGUCGCUCAGCUCCAGGUCCGACAAGUCCCCGCCCAGCCCUCGCAAGCAGAACUCUGUCUCGACUAUGAGCGUACAGCCAACAUGUCCACUAUCGGCGCCAACAGUAGCUAUCGCACUGUCUUGAUGCAGAAGUCCAGCACAGGCACCAUCUACAAUGCGCGUAUGAUGGAUGCUGCUAUCGCCAAGCUGCCCAAACUAACAGCUGAUACAAUUCUCAACAACGCCUGCGGCAAUUGGACCGAGAUCGCUUUGAGGGAGGCAGCCACGAACUUCACACUUGGGCUCGUUGCACAGUUCACAACCGAAGGGUUGCCGGUGGGAAUUGUCGCGGGGCCGUUCUUGUUAGGAAUUGUUGGCGCCAUUGCUUCGUUGUUUUCCGUUGUGUGGAUUAUGGGGUAGAGGAGAUGUCGCGGAGUAUAUCGUUGGCAGGUUUGCAUUUAUCUGGGUUUGCGGCUUGCCCGUACUGAAGCACGGUCGCGGUUACAUGGUGUCAUGGGGAGAAGCUACGGCUCGCCCCUGGAAGAUUGCCUUACGGCUUUCUAGUCUGGCUUGAUCAAACUUAUUA